AUGGCCUCACUGAACGAUUUUGCUGGAAAAUGGAAACUGGUCCACUCGGAAAACUUUGACGAGUACAUGAAAGAAAUCGGUGUCGGCUUGAUCACUAGAAAAGCUGCUGCUCAUUUGAAACCAACUCUUGAGAUCUACUUGGAAGGUGACACUUGGCAUAUCAACCAAUACUCAACUUUCAAGAAUACCAAAUUGGCCUUCAAGUUGGGAGUGGAAUUCGUCGAAAACAGUCCUGACGAUCGUACCUACAACUCUGUGCUCACUUUUGAAAAUGGAAAAUUGGUCCAUCGACAGAACAAGAUCAAGGAGAGCCACAAGAGUUCGGUUUUGUUGAGCUGGCUGGAAAAUGGAAAAUUGAUUCAAACCUAUCAAUCUGGAGAUGUUAUUUGCCGUCGCGAGUUUGAAAGAGAAUAA